CUCCAGGUUCAAUACCUCCCGGCGGGCCAGCUUCCCAAACAGGACCCCAAUCGAUUCAAGUCUUCGGACCCGGCUCCGUGCAGCCACCAGGCUCAACACAGGCUCCGUCCUCAGUCCAACCGGCUUCCACAUUCAAUCCAGGCUCGAUUCAGGCUCCGGCAAGCCAGCAGCCGCCUGCAUCAGUUCAACCACCGCCAUCUGCAGCGUCGGGCUCAACUGUGGCCGGUGCACAGAGCUCCAAAGAGCCGCUGAAACCGAAUGAGGAGCAAAUUCGAAUGGUUCAGGAUCCUGUGGAUUUGGUUCGAAAUUUGGUGCAAAAGGAUCUCAGAAAUUCGUUGGUGGUAAGCUACAAACGCGGUGCGGAGCUUGUGCGUCAGAAACAAGAAGGAGAAGUGAACGAGGAUGGAAAAGCUCAGUACAGGUUUUUGAGGUUUUUUUGAGGUUUUU